GGCACCUUCGACACUUAACUGAAAGUGAAGUGAAAGUGAAGACUUUCCGGCAAAGACAGAACUCAGCAUGAAGAGAUACACCCACACAAGGAACUCUGUUGCGAACGCAAAUGUGAAAGAAAAAGGCAUGGAUCCUUGGGAUGCAAAUCAAAGAACACCCACCACCAUGCGUCCAUGGGGACGUACUUGGUUUAAUGAAGCCCUGACGAAGCAGCUCGUCAAUUUGGCGUUUAAGUUCUUGGGUUUCAAGGAUCGAAAGGCGAUAUGGGGCGUGAUGCUGAAUACGGUAGUUAGGUUCGAGCCGGAUGGAGGGAAAACAUCGCGAUACUCGCAAAGGAGGGUCGCAACGCUAGGCUGCAAAGACGAUAGGAGGUUGUCAAACUCCUCGGCAGCAGCAACGUCUGAAGCAGGAGUGGAAGGUGUUGGUAUGGGAAUAGGUACCGAUGGUCCCUCCGGGGAGUGGUGGAUCGAGCUCGACCAACUCAGCGUCCUGAUGCAUGGAGUUACAAACAAGGAGAUCCGUGAUGUCGACAAUGUAGAGUUCUGCAUCAGGCUGACGAAGGAUGUGGUGGAACUGAGUAGGUGUCAAGAUGGCGACAUUGACAGGAGAGGGGGAUGUAAAGUCCGAUUUGCCCAACGAUGGAAUACGAUAUUGCUUCCCAUCCUUGGCGUCGAGGACGAGGUCGUUGUGGAUCCAAUCGGGACCAGAAUGGGCGAACUGAUGGGAUUAGGAAGUGCCGAGAACAAGGUCGUAUAGGGUUUCCAUGACGUUGAAAGUCCACUGGUCAUGGAACCGAGGGGCCUUGCGAAGGCUAUGUGGCAUCCGCAAGGGGAAGGAGAAUGGGAGAUCAGGCACCACACAGUCGACGAAGGAUUUGGCCUGAUUGUUGCUAAGCGUGACAAUGACAGUGGAAGGGUAGGGGGAUGUAUAGAGAGAUGCCUCCUUAACUACACAAGGAUGAAUGAAGUCGCCAGUAGAGU